UUGGGGAAUUAUCCUUGGCAUAAACAGCAAGACUAGCCAUCCCCAUGGGAAGAAGAAACACCCUAUUGGUGACUCCCACUGGGGAAGGUAUAAAUAGUGAUCAGUGAGGACAGAAAACGUGCAGUCUGAAUUCGUAUCAAGCUGUGCCUCUUGCUUUGGGCUUUGGGUUGGAUUCUUAACUGCUGUCACUAUGAGCUACAGCACCAAGCAGACUGUUACUCUCGCUACCAAAGGAAAGAGUAGUGGUGGUAGCUGCGUGGUUGGAGGUGGUGGUGCAGGAAAGAUCUCUUCCGUGUCUUCUGGGAGAUAUGGCUCCUGUGGGCUAGGCAGUGGUAGAGGCUUUUCGUGCAGGAGUUUUAGUGGUGGUGCUGGUAGUUUUUCUGGAGGUAGCUGUGGAGGUGUCUUCGGUGGAGGUCUCCCAGGAUACAGCUGUGGAGGUUGUCCUGGUGUUGGGUUGAGCGGUGGUGCUUCCCAUUGUGGCUAUGGAGGUGGUUUUGGUGGUGGCUUUGGUGCUGCAGUCAGUGGUGGCUUUCUUGGCGGUGGUGUUUGUGGAGAUGGUGCAUUUGUCACCUGUGAUGAAAAGCUGACCAUGCAGAACCUCAAUGACCGCCUGGCUUCGUACCUGGACAAGGUGCGAUGCUUGGAGGAAGAAAACGCUGCCCUCGAGUGUAAAAUCAGGGAGUGGUAUGCCCAGCAUGGGCACUCUGGUUUACCAAAGGACUACAGCUGCUACCACAAGGAAAUAGAAGAUCUUCAAAAUCAGAUUGUUUGUGCAACCCUUGACAACAACAAGAUCAUUCUGAACAUUGAUAACAGCAGGAUGGCAGCUGAUGACUUCAGACUGAAGUAUGAGACUGAGCUGGCCCUUCGCCAGAGUGUGGAGGCUGAUAUUAACGGCUUACGCCGCGUUCUGGAUGAGCUGACCCUGUGCAGGUCUGACCUGGAGGCGCAGCUCGAAUGCCUGAAGGAAGAGCUGUGCUGUCUGAAGAAGAACCAUGAGGAGGAAAUCAUUUGUCUGAGAAACCAGUCCACUGGCGACGUCAGUGUGGAAGUCAACUCCAGUCCUGGACCAGAUCUGAAGAAAAUCCUAGAUGAGAUGAGGUGCCAGUAUGAAACAAUGAUUGCUCAAAACUGCAAAGAGGUUGAGGAUUGGUAUGAAUGCAAGAUUGAGGAGGUGAAUCGUGAGGUCAUCACAAGCGGUCAGGAGGUGGAGUCGUGCAACAAUCAGGUCUCCGAACUUCGACGUCAAUUGCAGUGCCUGGAGAUUGAUCUGCAAGCCCAUCUUAGCCAGCGGGACAACCUGGAAGCCUCUUUAGCUGAAACCGAAAGUCGCUACAACGCCCACCUGUGCCAGUUACAACAACAGAUCACCUGUGUGGAGCAGCAGCUGUCUGACUUGCGCGCAGAAAUUGAGUCCCAGAAUCACGAGUACAAGGUCCUUCUGGACGUCAAAUGCCGACUGGAGCAGGAGAUUCACACUUACCGCUGCCUGCUGGAAGGAGGACAGCGUGACAUUAUUGUUCCGGAAGGAGGGAUCGGUGUCGGAAGUGGAGCUGGUAAAUGCGCAGGAGGAGGAGGCGUUGUCAUUAAAUCAUCCCACAGCUACUCUACCUCUUCCCACUGCCUCCCCCAUGUCCCGCCUUGCCACCCUGCUGAGAAGGGACACGGCAGAAAGAUCUGUGACUAAGCAGAGAAACCAGCAUCUUCCAGUGCAAGACCCACCAAGCAAAGAACCACCCAGGGA